GACCUCCAACGAGGCUGCCUAAGCCGGGGCCCGGGCUCUGCCCCGCCAGCCCCCGGCAUGGGCGACAGCGGUGGGCUUCCGGAGCACUCGGCCCCGCACUAUCCACGGGCUCCCGACGGUCGUCUGCAGCCGAGGCCCGGUAAGCGGCGGCGUCCCGGCGCCCCAGCGCCUCGCACUCCUGCCGGAGCUCCAGCCGCAGCAACCGAUCCCUCUGCACGACUCCCCGGCCAAGAAAUGUCGGCUGCGGAGGAGGAUGGACUCAGGGAGGAGGAACAGGCCGCCGUUCCCAUGGUUUGGCAUGGAUAUCGGUGGAACUCUGGUUAAGUUGGUCUACUUUGAACCAAAGGAUAUUACAGCCGAAGAGGAACAAGAGGAAGUGGAGAACCUGAAGAGCAUCCGGAAGUAUUUGACUUCUAAUACUGCUUACGGGAAAACCGGGAUCCGAGACGUCCACCUGGAACUGAAAAACCUGACCAUGUGUGGGCGCAAAGGGAACCUGCACUUUAUCCGCUUUCCCAGCUGCGCCAUGCACAGGUUCAUUCAAAUGGGCAGCGAAAAGAACUUCUCCAGCCUUCAUACCACGCUCUGCGCCACGGGAGGUGGGGCUUUCAAGUUCGAAGAAGACUUCAGAACGAUCGCUGACCUGCAGCUCCAUAAACUGGAUGAACUGGACUGUCUGAUUCAGGGUCUGCUUUACGUCGACUCCGUUGGCUUCAACGGCAAGCCAGAAUGUUAUUAUUUUGAAAAUCCCACGAAUCCCGAAUUGUGUCAAAAAAAGCCGUACUGCCUUGAUAAUCCAUACCCUAUGUUGCUGGUUAACAUGGGCUCAGGUGUCAGCAUUCUCGCUGUGUACUCCAAGGACAACUACAAAAGAGUGACAGGGACCAGUCUUGGAGGUGGAACAUUCCUAGGCCUAUGUUGCUUGCUGACUGGUUGUGAGACCUUUGAAGAAGCUCUGGAAAUGGCAGCUAAAGGCGACAGCACCAAUGUUGAUAAGCUGGUGAAGGACAUUUACGGAGGAGACUAUGAACGAUUUGGCCUUCAAGGAUCUGCCGUAGCAUCCAGCUUCGGCAACAUGAUGAGUAAAGAAAAGCGAGAUUCCAUCAGCAAGGAAGACCUCGCCCGGGCCACACUAGUCACCAUCACCAACAACAUUGGCUCCAUUGCUCGGAUGUGUGCACUGAAUGAGAAUAUCGACAGAGUUGUGUUUGUUGGGAAUUUUCUCAGAAUCAAUAUGGUCUCCAUGAAGCUGCUAGCAUAUGCCAUGGACUUUUGGUCCAAAGGACAGCUAAAAGCUCUGUUUUUGGAACAUGAGGGUUAUUUUGGAGCAGUUGGGGCACUGUUGGAACUAUUCAAAAUGACUGAUGACCAGUAGAGAUGCAUGCAGAGGGAACAGCCUCCCGUGAGGACCCAGAACAGAAAGCCGAGUGGGACGGAAGCCAAGCCAUUAUGGCAGAUAAACCUGCUGGAUCUGUACAUAAUUUAAAAUCCUUCUAGCUGAUCUUUCACUCUUAGGUUUUGAGCUUAUUGUUCAAAAUGGGGAAUAUAAGAGUUUUUUCUGUAUACUGUAUUUUUAAAAAAAAAAAAUAUGUGUGCAGCGUGGCCAAACCUCCCAAUUUUCUGCAUUAACUUUGAAAAAUUGUGUGAUAUUGAAGAAGGACCUGAAAUGUAAGCGCUGUUCAUUUUUCUUCUGGGGUUUACUGAUCAGUGUGGUGAUUUUAACUUCAUUUAGUAAUUACUCUAGGAGAUUUUACCUUUACUUAUAUUUUUCAUGACGUUUCAUGAUUUGCUGUUGGUUUCAAAUGAAACUACAAAUCUGGCAUGUUUUACUGUGAACACUUUUUUGUUUGUUUAUUCUUUUUGGUCUGUCUUUUGUUUGUUUGUUCGAAUGUCUGAUGAGAAGAGAGUCCUUCCCCGUUUCUGUUCUUGGAUGAUCUCCCUUCCCCCACCCAUAAACUUCCUUUCCUGUAAUUGCCCAUUAUCAAUCAAGGUGCUGACCAAUUCGAGACAAAGCAUAGCAAAAGAUCUAAAGCUCUCAAAGUGCCCAUGGAGAGAAGAUUCUGAAAGAAUUGAAUGAGCCUGGCAAAAGUUGAAAAUGAUAUGCAAUGGUUCUUAUCCCUUAUAAAUAUAGUGUUUUGUUGGAUUUAUUUUAUGCUAAGUUAUAUUAAAUUGCAAUCUUCUUUGAUGAAAUGGCUUUUUUCCAUGCAUGCAUAUGAAUGGCAGCAAAGCCUUGCACAAGACGUUUGGAAUUUGUUGGGAAAAGUCUCCCAGUAGAUUGUUCACGUGAGGAGAUUCAAGGGAACUCAUAAGUUGAGGUGUCAAGCAGUAGUAACUGUUUUGUACAUGUAUGUACCUAGGAGCUUUGUAACAAGACAUCCUAAAUAACAAUGGUAGCUUUUUCAUUUUUAAUAUUUUAAACAGAAAAUUGUAUUUCAAUCCCAGUUUUUAAAAUUAAAAAAUAAUUUAUGAGAAUGAUUUAUAUAUUUUUUUCUUUUUGAAAGACUCUAUUAAGGCUGAAGGGUAACUUUCAAAUGAGGGUCUUGUACAAAUAUUGGAAUGUACGAGAUCGAAUGAUCUUUUGGGUUGUGCGUAUUGUUGAAAGGGAGUUUUGAAGGGUAGUACAAUUCCUCCACGAUUAAUCGUUCUUCUCUGCCUUCUGAGCACCGUCUUUAAUUUCUAAAUCAUUAAGUCUUGAAGAAGUUGAUGCUAAUUCAAGAACUCAUUUGGUUGAAAUAAAGCCCGUUUCUGUUGUGA